AGGGUCGGGGUUUCUCUUGCUGUCCACACCUGGGCAAGAGCUGAGCGGAAGAGAAGGGGUCCUCAGAGAGACGCCUUCCUCACCAGCCCCAUUCCAGCCGGACGCCAUGUGACUCGGAGGAGCUGGUGGACACUGAACAGGAGCCGCCCAGGGGCUCUGGGGACUGGAGCCCGCCGCUGCAGCCAGGACAGAUCCAAGGCCCAGGGUCAGAGCAGGCAGGGCUCGGUCGUGCCUCUGCCCCAAACGGGGCAUCAGGAGAAAGAGCGAGCAGCAGCGGCACUUCCUGCCCCCCCCCCCCCACGAUGGAGUCCAGAGAAGCUGGACAGCAGGCAGGGGCUGCCGACGGCGCCCAGGAGGAUGUGGCCUUCAACCUCGUCAUCCUGUCCCUCACUGAGGGGCUCGGCCUCGGUGGGCUGCUGGGGAAUGGGGCGGUCCUCUGGCUGCUCAGCUCCAACGUCUACAGAAACCCCUUCGCCAUCUACCUCCUGGACGUGGCCUGCGCGGACCUCAUCUUCCUCGGCUGCCACAUGGUGGCCAUCAUCCCUGACUUGCUGCAAGGCCGGCUGGACUUCCCCGGCUUCGUGCAGACCAGCCUGGCCACGCUGCGCUUCUUCUGCUACAUCGUGGGCCUGAGUCUCCUGGUGGCCGUCAGCGUGGAGCAGUGCCUGGCCGCCCUCUUCCCAGCCUGGUACUCGUGCCGCCGCCCCCGCCACCUGACCACCUGCGUGUGUGCCCUCACCUGGGCCUGUUGCCUGCUGCUGCACCUGCUGCUCAGCGGUGCCUGCACCCAGUUCUUCGGGGAGCCCAGCCGCCACCUGUGCCGGACACUGUGGCUGGUAGCAGCGGUGCUGCUGGCUGUGCUGUGUUGCACCAUGUGUGGGGCCAGCCUUAUGCUGCUGCUGCAAGUGGAGCGAGGCCCCCAGCGGCCCCCGCCCCGGGGCUUCCCCACGCUCAUCCUCCUGGCCGUCCUCCUCUUCCUCUUCUGCGGCCUGCCCUUCGGCAUCUACUGGCUGUCCCGGAACCUGCUCUGGCACAUCCCCCACUACUUUUACCACUUCAGCUUCCUCAUGGCCGCCGUGUACUGCGCAGCCAAGCCCGUCGUCUACUUCUGCCUGGGCAGUGUCCAGGGCCGCAGGCUGCCCCUCCGGCUGGUCCUCCAGCGAGCGCUGGGAGACGAGGCUGAGCUGGGGGCCGUCAGGGAGACCUCCCGCCGGGGCCUGGUGGACAUAGCAGCCUGAGACCUAGGGGCCCCGACCCCAGCUGCAGCCCCCAUGAGGCAGGAGGGUGACUUGGGGAAGGUGGUGGGGUCAGAGGCUGGGGCCAGCUGGACCCGGAGGAGGCCUUGAUGGGUGGCCUGGUCAUGUGCUGCCAAAUCUGUGACCGUCAGUCCAGAGCACGAGGCUCCCCUGGGAGGCAGCUGGAAAGGCGAGGUCUCCACAUGCCCAG